UACUGCUAGAAAUGACAGUGUGACACAAUUCUAAAGGGUUUGAAGAAUUCGGAAUUGAGAUGUUCCAAUUCUUUAAAAGACAAUAUCUCUAAUUCCUAACGUUUAUUUCAUAUAUUUAGAAACAUCGUAAUUUAUUGUAACGUCCCCCUAAUUUGAUAAAAACAAAUGAUCAAAUAUACUUACUUAAACAACGAUAUCACAUGUUCAUAGUUCUAUAAAUUCUAGAACAAAGGAGGAUGGGUAAUGUAAUGAAUUCUGCUGUAUUGGCAGCUGAUGCAAUUAUCCCAACGCACCAGCAACAGAUCUCAAAUGCUCCGUAUCAUGAAAUACACAAACCUGAUGGGAAACCUCCUCCAGAAUGUCCUAUGCAUAAAUCUGCACAGGACAAAACACCAUCUAUGUAUUCCAGUGAAUGUCCAAUUAAUGACGUGGCUUCCGGAGACAUUAAUCCCCUUAAUAUGAUGCCACCAGCUAAUCAACAACCAGCACCAGAUCAGCCUUUCCCACUACCCACAGAGAGACAAGUUUCAUCUAUACCAAAAGCAGUGGGAGAAGGAGAGUUUUGGGUUUAUCCUUCGCAACAAAUGUUCUGGAAUGCGAUGCUGAGGAAAGGCUGGAGAUGGCAAAAAGACGACAUAACACCAAAAGACAUGGAUGAUAUAAUAAAAAUCCACAAUGCCAAUAACGAACUGGCAUGGCAAGAAGUGCUUAAGUGGGAGGCUCUUCAUGCAAGAGAAUGUUGCACUCCGAAAUUGCGUAGCUUUGGAGGCAAGGCCAAGCAGUAUUCGCCACGCGCUCGCAUCCGAUAUUGGAUGGGAUAUGAAUUACCAUUUGACCGGCACGAUUGGAUCGUAGACAGAUGCGGAAAGGAUGUACGAUACGUUAUAGAUUAUUAUGAUGGUGGAGCAGUUGAUGAAAAAUUUACGUUCACGUUACUAGAUGUUAGACCAGCUAUGGAUUCGUUAGAGAACAUUUGGGAUCGCAUGAGGGUGGCAUGGAUGCGUUGGAAAUAUUGUAACGAGUCAAAAGAAUCUGAAUGCGCUACGAAAAACGAAGAAAAAAAAUAGAAGUUAAUAGGACAAAAUGAUAUUAGCUUGUUGGUUAAUUUUAUGCUCGUUUUACAUAUUAACUUUACGUAAUGUACAGUUUUUAAAAUACAGGAAACAUAGUUACACAACAAACCAAAGAAGUUCACUAAUGUUUAAGAAACGAAAAAAAUAUUGGAUGCUUCUCUAGCGCUUUUCUUACUUACACAAUAACAAAUCAAUUUUAAAGUUAAAAUAUAAACUUCAAUCAAUCUCCUAAAGGUCAAUUUUUUUAAUUGACGUAUCGGAUGUAUAUCCUAAUAAAUUAAAAAGAUUUUUAUAAA